AUGUUGCAGCUGAGGCUUAGAGUCCCUCUCUUGCUUCUGCUGCUGGCAGUCCGGUGUGUAACACAGGAACAACCCCAGCAUAAAGGCUGCGUUUGUGGACACCCUGGAAUACCAGGGGACCCUGGACACAACGGUACGCCUGGCAGAGACGGCCGAGAUGGACUCCGAGGUGACAAAGGUGAUCACGGUCAAGUUGGCCCUGUUGGAUCUCGAGGCAAUGAUGGCCAAAAGUCAGACAAAGGGGAACUCGGUGCAGUUGGCCCAGCAGGGCUCAAAGGGAAAAGGGGAGAGAAUGGAGAACGGGGGCCCCCUGGUAAAAUGGGGCCCCAAGGAGUCCAAGGGCCCACAGGGCUGAAAGGAAGUAAGGGAGAGCUGGGGCUGCCUGGACCCCAUGGACCUAAAGGUGAUGUGGGGCCUCUUGGACCAGAGGGUCCGAAGGGGGAAAUUGGCCUUCGAGGUGACAGAGGCAUUCAGGGUCCACUUGGACCCCCUGGGAGAACCGGGUCUAAGGGGGAACUUGGUGUUCCAGGUCACAAAGGUAAUAUUGGUUAUCGGGGUGAGAGAGGGACUCGAGGAGAGCAAGGUGGUAAGGGUGAGAAGGGAGAUGCGUUGGUUAUCUCUAAAAGUGCCUUCUCUAUGGGACUCACAGCACAAAGUAAACUCCCGGCAGUUAACGCACCGAUCCGCUUCGACAAGAUCAUUUACAAUGAGCAGAAUCACUACAACUCACAGACAGGAAGAUUCACAUGCCCCGCAGCAGGAGUUUAUUUCUUCACCUACUACAUCACCGUCUUCGCCAGAAACGUGAAGGUGGCUCUGGUGAAGAAUGGUGUCAAGAUAAUCCACACCACGGAUAACUACCAGAGCGGCGAAGAUCAGGCAGCAGGUGGCGCUGUGCUGCACCUGGACGUGGGCGACAGGGUCUGGCUGCAGGUGGCUGGAGGGGAGCUGUUGAAUGGGCUCUAUGCUGAUGAAGAUGACGACACUACCUUCUCUGGGUUUUUAAUCUUUGGCACAUAA